UUUACGCUUUACGCACGGUCGCCUGCUGACCGCCGCUUUGAGCUCUAAAGGAACAAAAACAAAGGAAACAAAAGGUUUGGAUGAGCUGCGGUUUUGGAGAGUAAACUUCCGUAAAAGCUGGAGAAGGAUGUGUUUUGGUUUUUACUUUUUUUUUGUGAAUGGAGAUGAGUCGUGCGUGAAAAUCUGUUGAUCGCGAUUCCGAGCAGAGCUGUCACUCCCCCACCUGUUGGCAGGUGGUGUUGGCUUCCCCCGCGGACUUCUACUAUGACAUUGGGUUUGGACAUCAUGGAGGAUGUUGUUAUCGACGUAGUGGGGGAAGGAGUCAGAGACAGCGCAGAGGAGCAGAUCUUACCUUUGGAUGAGCAGGAGCGCAGCACCGAGACCUGCAGCAGUCUGAGCACGGAGGGGGACACCUUCAGUCCUGCAUCGACCUGCCCGCCCUCUAUCAGCAAAGGUCCCGCGUCCGUGAAGCCUCCGUACUCUUACAUCGCUCUGAUCACCAUGGCCAUCCUGCAGAGUCCGAAGAAGCGGCUCACCCUCAGCGAGAUCUGUGACUUCAUCAGCCAGCGCUUCGCGUACUACAAGGAGAAGUUCCCCGCCUGGCAGAACUCCAUCCGGCACAAUCUGUCUCUGAAUGACUGCUUCGUAAAGAUGCCCAGAGAGCCCGGGAACCCUGGCAAGGGCAACUACUGGACCCUGGACCCCAACUCCUCGGAUAUGUUUGAGAACGGGAGUUUUCUGCGGCGCAGGAAGCGCUUCAAGCGGCAGCAUUUCCGCUUCGACCCCCUGAAGGAGCAGCACCUGGAGCCCAGCGGACUGCACGGCUUCCCGCACGCCGCCUACGGGCUGCAGCUGCCCGGGCUGGAGCUUUACCCCUACCUCCACCAGCACCCGCCCUCCCCGUGCACCACCAUCCCACCUGUCAGCAGCCUCCUGCCCGCGCUCUCCAGCUUCUUCUCCCGCAGCGCGCUCACAGCCAAGGCGUUCUUCCAGGCGCAGCCGGGCAUCGAUGCCUUCUCCCCGGCUCAGUGUGCCGCGUACUCCCCUCCUCUCACCUCCAGCUUGGCCUACGCCUCCCCCGCGCUCUUCCACCCCGCAGCGUCCCCGCACCUCCUCAGUUUACAGCAGGAGUAUCACAAAUUACGGACUCAGCGGGACUCCGAGCUGCUCAAACACAUCAGCACUGCGACCAACGAGUAACCGAAUAAUCGUCGAGCCGGAGUUUGACUUUUUCUCAGGUAACA